CACGAACAAAAAAUGGAGUUUGACAACAUAAAAGGCGCACGACGCGUCAUAACCGUUUUACAAUUUAUAGGCCUAUGGCGUUUGAACUCUCCAUGGCAAUCGUUUUAUGCUGCAUAUUCAUAUGUUUUACAUUUAUCAUUCACCUUUUCGUACACAGUGAUGAUGUGGGUGGAUGUGGUACAGGCAUCCGACUUGGAGAAGUUCACUUACAUAAUGUAUAUGUCGUUAACGGAAUUGGCGCUGUUGGCUAAGGUGGCCAAUGUUUGGAUCAAUUCGAAAUUGUUUGUGAACUUUUUUCACACACUGGCCAAUGAUGAAUUAUUCCGUUUGCGCACGGAUGGGGAACGUCAUCUUUGGUCCCGCAUACAUGGAUAUUAUCGUUGGAUCGCUUUCAUGUAUUUUGCUAUGAGUAUUACACUGGUCACAAUCGCCUUCAUUGGGGUACUCUUCUCUAAGGAUUAUGAAUUGCCAUUUCCUUAUGCACCACCAUUUGAGUGGCGUAAUCCGCACGGCUAUUGGUAUGCAUACUUUUAUGAAUUACUGGCAAUGCCGUUGACUUGCUUCUCAAAUUGUGGACUGGACAUGAUUCAAUGUUAUAUGCUUUUGCAUUUGUCGUUGUGUUAUAAAAUGAUUGGUGGGCGGUUGGUGGAAAUGGGAAAGCAAAAACAAAAGCUGCAUCAAUUAAGUGAAUUCAAUGAAACCAGAUUCCUGGAAGAAUUUGUGGGCAUAGCAAAAUUACAUGAUAAAAUGAAGAAGCUUUCAGCAGAUUGUGAAACUUUCGUCUCAUUCCCGUUUCUUAUACAGAUAAUGUGCUCCUCAUUUGUGUUAUGUUUUAGCGCCUACCGAUUGCAAAAGGUUAGCAUUUUCGAGAAUCCCUCACAAUUUUGCACACUAAUUUUGGCAGUGAUUGUGAUGAUUUUGCAAAUAUUCGUCCCGUGUUAUUGUGGCAACGAAAUAAUCUUGAGUACUGGAGCCUUGAACAAUGCCAUUUACAAUGCCGAAUGGGUACAGUGUUCCCCUAAAGUGUGUAAAUACCUAAUAAUCUACAUGGAAAUGCUGCAGCAGCCGGUAAAAGUGCGAGCAGGAAAAUUUUUCGAAAUCGGUUUGCCGCUUUUCGUGAAGACCAUGAAUAAUACAUACAGUUUAUUGGCGUUGCUGCUUAAUAUGAAUAAGAAAAAUUACGAUAAUUAAAAAAUGUUAUUCACUUCACUUCAGAAAAAUUACAUGACUGUUGACUACUUGAAAUUGUGUUUGUAAUUAACAGUCAGUCAGCAAUCUGUGGAGUGUUUACAAAAACAAACAUUUUUACAAGAUUUUAAGCUUCUAACUAAGACCUCAAACAUUAAAAGUGCUGAGUGCAUGAU